GAAUAGGUGAACAGAUAUUGAUCAACACAACCAAAGCCACGGCAUAUUGAAGUUAUCCGGUGAAAUUUCUUGCAGAUGACAGCCAUGGCCUCCGUCGUUCCAAUGGGUGUGUUGGGCACUUUGCCUUCUCCUUCACAGGGGCAAUAUUGCUUACCCUCGUUGAAGUCUCCAAAAACUCAACUGAUUUGUAGUGCCACGAGUUUGGUAUCAAUUUCAUCGCAAGUUCGACCUAUGAACUCCCCUGUAAGAACACUGACAUGGGGAUCCCGACGCUCGAGUUUUCCUAUCUUGAGAGAAGCGUUUCCCGUGAAGAACAGAAGACUCGUCUGUGCAAACACCGCGGCAAAAGACGUAGAGCUGCAAGCAGAAGUAUCAACUAAGUGCUUUUUCGAUGUAGAGAUUGGAGGUGAACCAGCAGGUAGAAUCGUGAUAGGACUUUUUGCAGAUGUUGUUCCAAGAACUGUUGAGAAUUUCCGAGCCUUGUGUACAGGAGAGAAGGGAUAUGGGUAUAAAGGAUGUUCCUUCCAUAGGGUGAUUAAAGAUUUUAUGAUUCAAGGAGGGGACUUCACUAAUGGAGAUGGAACUGGAGGUAUUAGUAUCUAUGGUCCCAGUUUCCGAGACGAGAAUUUUUCAUUGAAGCAUGUAGGGCCUGGUGUACUUAGCAUGGCCAAUGCCGGACCUAACACUAAUGGAAGCCAAUUCUUCAUCUGCACUGUUUCGACUCCAUGGUUGGACAAUCGCCAUGUUGUGUUUGGACACGUUAUCGAAGGAAUGGAUGUUGUGCGAAAAAUUGAAUCACAAGAAACAAGCAGAUUAGAUAUUCCUCGCUUGCCAUGCAGAAUUGUUAAUUGCGGAGAACUAAAGGCUGACGGAUGAUGAUUGAUUUGCCCUGUUGUAACUGUAGCUAUUAAGUUUUUUGAGGCUUAGGUAUGCACACGAUUAACAUUAUUAGUCCUGAGUAGAGAAUAUUAUGGAAUUGUUGAUUGUUGGGAAUCACAUAUAUAUUGAGGGAUGAUAAGGCCUCUUGUAUUCUCUAGUAACUGAUGUAUCUUUGUGAUC